GUCAUCGGGCGCCGCGGGUAAGCGGCGGUUUGGAGUUCGGAGGGAGAGGGGGACGAUGGCGGCCGAUGAUGCAGCUUUGGAGUCAUUGGUAUCGAGUCUGUACGACGUGCAGGCUUUCAAGUUUGGGAACUUCGUGCUGAAGAGCGGGCUCUCGUCCCCCGUGUACAUCGAUCUACGGGGCAUCGUGUCUCGACCCCGUAUUCUGAGUCAGGUUGCAGAAAUUUUAUUCCAAACUGCCCAAAAUGCAGGGAUCAAUUUUGAUACUGUGUGUGGAGUACCUUAUACAGCAUUACCAUUGGCCACGGUUAUCUGUUCAACAAACCAAAUUCCAAUGCUUAUUAGAAGGAAAGAAACAAAGGAUUAUGGUACUAAGCGUCUUGUAGAAGGGGCUAUUAAUCCAGGAGAAACCUGUUUGAUCAUUGAAGAUGUUGUCACCAGUGGAUCUAGUGUUUUGGAAACUGUUGAGGUUCUUCAGAAGGAGGGCUUGAAGGUCACUGAUGCCAUAGUGCUGUUGGACAGAGAGCAAGGAGGAAAGGACAAGUUGCAGGCGCAUGGGAUUCAUCUCCACUCAGUGUGUACAUUGUCCAAAAUGCUGGAGAUUCUUCAGCAACAGAAAAAAAUUGAUACUGAGAUGGUCGAGAGAGUGAAGAGAUUUAUUCAGGAGAAUGUUUUUAUGGCAGCUAAUCAUAAUGGUUCUCUCCCUUCUGUAAAGAAAGGACCCAAAGAACUAAGCUUUGGUGCACGUGCAGAGCUGCCCGGGAUCCACCCAGUUGCAUCAAAGCUUUUCAGGCUUAUGCAAAAGAAGGAGACCAAUCUGUGCCUGUCUGCUGAUAUUUCAGAGUCCAGAGAGCUGUUGCAGCUAGCAGAUGCUUUAGGACCCAGAAUCUGCAUGCUCAAGACUCAUGUAGAUAUUUUGAACGAUUUUACUCUGGAUGUAAUGAAGGAGUUAACCAUUCUGGCAAAACGCCAUGAGUUUCUAAUAUUUGAAGACCGGAAAUUUGCAGAUAUAGGAAACACAGUAAAAAAGCAGUAUGAAGGUGGUGUCUUUAAAAUAGCUUCUUGGGCAGAUCUAGUAAACGCUCAUGUGGUUCCAGGCUCAGGAGUUGUGAAAGGCCUGGGAGAAGUAGGCCUGCCCCUGCACCGGGCAUGCUUACUCAUUGCAGAAAUGAGCUCUGCUGGCUCCUUGGCCACUGGGAGCUACACUGAAGCAGCGGUGAGAAUGGCUGAAGAGCAUUCUGAAUUUGUGGUUGGUUUUAUUUCUGGCUCCCGAGUAAGCAUGAAACCAGAAUUUCUUCACUUGACUCCAGGAGUUCAGUUAGAAGCAGGAGGUGAUAAUCUCGGCCAGCAAUACAACAGCCCACAAGAAGUGAUUGGCAAACGAGGUUCUGAUAUCAUCAUUGUGGGCCGGGGCAUAACAACAUCAGCUGAUCGUCUGGAAGCAGCCGAGAUGUACAGAAAAGCUGCUUGGGAAGCUUAUUUGAGUAGACUUGCUGUUUGAGUGUCUUGGAUACGUUUUUGUGAAGGCCUUGAAGAUACAUGGUCUCCUGAGAUGCCACUGGCUUGAAAUAAUAAGCAGCCUUUAAUACUACUUGGAUUCUUCCACUCCUGUGUGGAAUGACUUCUGGAGUUACCAUGGCACACAGGAAAUAUUCAGUGACUUAUAAUCACUGCACUGUCACUAUAAUCAGUUCAUCUUCAAGCUGUCUUUUAUUGAGACUGAUGUUGGUUAGGCAAUCACAGGCCUGUCCUGUUAGAAUCUUCCACAUUUGAGGAAGUCCCCCAUCUCUAGAUCAGACUUUUUGAUUCUUUGAAUUGCCGUGAGACAGAAAUUUUAGGUCAUGAAGAGGCUAAAAC